AUGAAGUACGUCGAAGAUGAUUCGUCGGCUUUCAUCAGCUCCUACCAAAACGACACCUACAGCUCCUCGCUAGAAUCCCUGGCAUCCACCUCCUCGGGUUCCGCCUGGUCUGCUGUUUCCUCCCAAUCUUCUACCUCCACCUCUCCGACCAACACUUCCGACUCCGAUUCUGCCGACUCGUACUGUUUGUCGCGACCCGCCGCACGUGACGCUGCCGUGAGAUUUACGAGUUCUUGGACUAAACAACCCACUCAGCAAGCGCCUGUUGCUGUUCCUGCCGAGCUGCGACAAAACCCGAGACGGACCGGUGCAAACCCUGCCCGCACCGGAGCACCGCCAACUCUCGUUCGCCAAUCCGAACGCAAGCACAACUUCGUCGACAAUCUCGUUGAUUCGUCGACUCAGAUUGUUGAGGCUAUCUGGCCCUUGUCUUCAGUUGUCUGCCGCAAUGAGUUGGGUAGCAAGGCGGUGCUGCCCCUCCGUACCUUUAUCCAGGAAACUCUGCGACGCUCACGCACUAGCUACUCCACUCUCCAGGUUGCUCUGUACUACUUGAUCCUGAUUAAGCCUCACGUUCCUAAGCAUGACUUCACUAUGGAGCAGCCAGAUGACAAGCAUGAAUGUCGCGCUCUUCAGUGCGGUCGUCGCAUGUUCCUUGCAGCUCUCAUCUUGGCGUCAAAGUAUCUGCAAGACAGAAACUAUUCCGCUAGAGCCUGGAGUAAGAUUUCAGGACUCAACACGGCAGAGAUCAACCAAAACGAAAUUGCUUUCCUUUUGGCUGUUGAGUGGAAGCUUCAUAUCACCGACGAAGUCUUCCAGAGAUGGACUGAUAUUGUCUUAAAGUAUACGCCUCCGUCGCCUCCUGCUCCCGGAACCUCAACUCAGUGGUACGCCCAGCAGAGCUCGAACUGGAAAAUGGUCAUUCUUCAACUGAACCCUGAGCUCGACAACAUUGAGGGUCUGAUUCCCACUGCCCACCUCACAUCUAGCACCCAUGUUUUGGCUCGUCACCGCAAAGUUCGACCGGCCACUCAAGAUGCUCUUGCUAUGAACGGUGCCUGUGGAUUGGGAUACGACUCAGCGGAGCUUACCCCUACCCCGCGAUCUUUCAACACCCCCACCAUCAUGGAACCUACGCCGGCCACUGUAUAUACUCCCGGUCGGCUGGCUCCCGCCCUCGGUCUGCUUCCAACUCCCCGCCUCACGCCACAGUCGAGUGGAUACAGUACUCCUGCUGUGAGUACUGCAUCCCAUCUCGGCAAGGGCAAUGCCAUGGGUCUCGCUAUGGCGCAAGCCUCUUGCGCCAGUGCCGCUCAGUGUCUGGAUCGCUGGCCCGUAACAAACACGUCGCCCCAGGGUUACUACCCGGUUCGUCGUUCAUCUCUGGCCACCUCAAUCUCCACCGCGUCUUCUCCCGAAUCGAUGGUUUCCGACUCGUCGCGAACCUCGCGCUCCUCCUCAAUCUCGUCUGCUUCGUCACUGGCUAGCGCGCCGGCUCCCAACUUGGGUGUCCAGGCGCGAUUCCGGUCUGCGAAGCUCUGCAGUGAGAGGUCGAGCUUGAGACCGACGAUCACCUCGGUUCCUGAGGACUACGAGGAAAGUUGUAUCACCUCAUCUCCUGAGUCUUACACCGGCCCGGUGGGAAGACUUGGUGAAAUGUCGUUGGACACUCCCUUGGCUCAAAGACACCUCGAUGAGAUGGCUCAUGACCCUGCCAAUGACGCUGCGCGCGCACUUCAAGAGCUUCAGAAUUACGGCACCGACGAUGCUACUCCUAUCGCCUCGGCUUCACGCAAGCGUGCGCGUGGGAUCUCGGUAGUAGACAAUUCCCUCCAGGAAAACGUUCGGGAUAUGUUGUCUGGUAGUUUCACCGGCAAGCCAUGGCCCCAGACCUUGGUCCGCCCCAGAUCUAACCAAGUCGUCAUGAACGAUCGGGGUUCCCCGAGAAAGCGUGUCUGCUGCGCGACUGAAGCGACACCAGCUUACGAGGCAUCAGCCCUUCACUCAAUUGGCGGAUACCGUGGACCAGGCAUGUGGGAAGGAAUUCUAAACUAA